AUGCUUCUACUCUAUUUUCUAUACUUUUUGGUGUUUUCAUUUGUAUUUUGUCGUAGUGAAUUUUGCAAUGAAGAUAAAUGUCUAUUACCAAGUUGUCUAUGCCCAACGAGUAAUGAUAAUCCAAUGCCAUUGGCUUUUACUGAACUACCUCAAUUUAUUUUAUUAACAUUCGUUGGUAAUUUAAAUAGAGAUACUCUUGAUCCAAUUCGAUCAAUUUUAAAUUCAACGUAUCGAAAUCCGAAUAAAUGUCCUAUUUCAUCAACAUUUUUUAUUGAUCAUGUUCAUACAGACUAUUGUUUAGUCCAACGUCUAUUUGAUAAUCAAAAUGAAAUAGCAAUGACUACGUCGAGCAAUAAAUGUCCACUAAACAAUUGUUACAAUGAAAGUAAUUGGCAUCAUUGGACCGAUGAUGAUUGGCACGACGAAAUCAAACAGCAACGUUUAAAUAUAGUUGAAAAUGCUCGAAUUCAUCAAUCGCAUAUUAAAGGCUUUCGGGUACCUCAUUUACAGAUCGAUGAAAAUAAGCAUUUCGAAUAUUUAAAAAGAUUUCAUUUUCAUUAUGAUUCCUCGAUGUUAUUUAAAUCGUCGAGUUUAAUGUGGCCAUUUACACUUGAUUAUCCAUUUGAUCAAACUGAUUGUAUUAAUUGUCAACAAUGGAAUAGAUCGUUUGAAGCACUUUGGCAAUUUCCAUUACAUGAAUGGACUUACACACAUGCUACUACUUCUUGUCGUACUUUAUUCGAUUCAUCAUGUUUGCCUACUGAUCUACCACAUUCAAUUGACCUUCUAUUUCAUUUUCUUUUGCAUAAUUUUGAACGUCAUGCAUCGUUAUCUAUUGGCUAUCGAUCGCCUUUCAUUAUUCAACUUGAUCUUUCAUUGCUUUCUCAACAGAACAACAAUUUACGUCUUCAAGCUUUGAUUCGUUUUAUUGAAUAUAUUUUAAAUAGUUCCAGUCAUCGAUAUGUUUAUUUUGUUUCAAUUGAAAAAGCACUGGAAUGGUUCAAAUAUCCACGUUCAUUGUCUGAACUUCGUGAUUUUUGGGCAUUUAGUUGCAAUGAUAAAAUCUAUGAAUAUGAUAUAGAUUGUUUGAAUAGUGAAUCAAAUGGUAAUGAUCAAGGAAAGACUGAAUCUUUAAAAUCCGACGGUGAAACAAAUGUAGAUCAUUCGAAAAUGAUCGAUUAUCAAGCAGAAAAACUUUACCCGAGUGGUCUUGCAUUUCAUGCUUUAUGGGUUUCUGUUUUGUUGAUUUUAAGUGUGCUGUUUUAUGACAAGUAUUUUACAAGCAUGUGA